AAGGUGCGACGGUGCAGAGGAGAGACGUUGUGGCUGCAAGGGGCGCCGAGCUGGUGCCGGCGCCGCUUAAGUAUGGCCCUGCCUCUGGAAUGAAUGACGAAAGGCACGGCGAGCGGCCGACGUCGGCAGCAGGCGGAGCGGGACGCGGCGCGUCAUGCUCGGAGGGGGCCAGCCAGGCGCAGCAGCAGCAGCAGCAGCGCCAGGACACCGACGGCUGGACGCACCGUCGGCGGGUGCACAGCGCGCGCCGCGGGCGCAGAUGACGUGCGGACGAGGAGCGUGCGGCGAGAGAGGCGGAGCGCACGGCAAUACGCCGGCAUGCAGACUCUUACUGAGAGAGAGGCCUUGCCUUGCUGCAGCUGCGUGCGCGUGCCGGCGGAGUAUCGACGGCAUCCCGGCACAAGCUCAGAGGAGCACAGCCGCCGCCCGGUGCCGCUGUGCCGGGAAGCAGGCGGCACAGUCGAGUGCAGCCAAGGCCGGCGCCAAGGCGGGCAGCGCGGCUGUCUGCGCGCCGCAGGGCACCAGGACGGCGCGUGGCCUGCAGCUGAGGCGCAAAGGACGUGAGAUGCAGCCCAACUCGCCGCACCGAGACAGCCUCCGCCCAGCGGCAGCGCGCAGCCCUCGUCUCAACACCUGUGCCUCAAGCAAGCACAAAGCACCUCUCGAGGCGCAGCACAAAGGCCUCUUGCGCGCAUCGCUGCAUUCUGAUG